AUGAUCAGCACGAUCAGCGGAGGCCCCACUCUGGCGGGACCCUCUAACCGUUCAAUGAAACAAUAUGUGCGUGCCGCUCACUACCCCCAGGUUUUCGGCAUAGAAGACGAUCAGUGCCGCAAGGUCCCGAAAGUGGGGUGGGAGCCCAUCACAUUCUGUGAAGAAGAAGAGGAAGGGAUCGUUUACCCCCACGAUGACUCGAUGAUCAUUCGGGCCGAGGUCGCCGACUACGAUGUAGGUCGGGUGCUGAUUGACACCGAGAGUUCGGUGAACGUGAUUUUUGCCGAUGCAUUCAAAGGACUGGGAAUUGCCGACAGCAUGGUCAAUCAGCAAAUAACGCCCCUCCUUAGUUUUUCUGGGGAUCUGGUCCAGCCAGUCGACAGUAUCAGUCUGCCCAUCGCCUUCGGCGUCGCCCCCAGGAAAACAAUGACCUACGGCAUACAACGUCAUCAUAGGGCGAAUGGCACUCACCAGGGUUAA